CUGAAGCUAAUGGUAACACAAUAAUGGAAGUAACACCUGACAUCACUGCAAAUCCAGCAUCAACAAAUGUCUCGUCAGGCAAUGAAUUGAAUUCUAGUAAAGGUCAUGCAAAUGGUAUGAAUGUUGCAGAAACUACAAAUUCAGUGCAGAAAGAAGCAAACCAUAAUAUAAUCAGCAGUGCCCUGACAUCACUCUCAGGCUAUGGGCAGUCUGAUAGUGAGGAUGAUAGCAUGGAAGAAGACCCAGCCCCUGCCCCAGUCCUUCCCACAAAUACAACCACCUUGCUUACUAGAACAUCCACAGAUAGCACUCAGUUAAAGUCAACCUUACCUCAUCAGUCUGUUAAUGAUGGCAAGGUGCAGCAGGUGUCACAGCUUCCCCAGCGUAAUGAAGAUCAGAGCAGUAAUAGCAGCCAGAACAAAGAGCAGACCUUUACCAGUAUUGCAUCAAGGAACAUGACCAAUCCUGAGGUGGAGGUUUUGGGUGUCGUCAAUACAGGGAAUUACAGAUACACAGUUGAUGUUGGUAGUGGAACCGAUGACUCAGAGAGUGACUCUAACAUGUCAUCAUCUUCAUCAUCCUCAUCCUCAUCCUCGUCAUCUUCUGAUAGUGAGAGUGACUCUGAAGAAGUAGUACCCAAGAAUCCUGUUGUCGAACAGGUUCAAAAGCCCAAAAUAGUGAAGCAGAACAACCAAAAACGAGGUAUCUUGUGCACCCAGGGAGAGCUUUUGUUGGAGGACCUGCCACCUAUCGAGGAUUUGUAUAUAUCGGUGCCGGAAGAGCAAGCACAUCCUAUUGGUACUGUCUUUAGCAUUGUUGAACAGCAAGUGGUGGUCCAGGGCUUUCCCAACAUCCCACCCAUAGACCUAGACUCGGUGCUCUUCCUGGAAAAGGGUCAGCGGGCUCUGGGACAGGUCUUCGACGUGUUUGGCCCAGUGCAGGAGCCGCUGUACGUGGUGCGCUUCAACUCCUCCGAACACAUCAAGGAGUUCAAAGUUAACAAGGGCGAUCAUGUCUACUUUGCUCCUACGACUGAACAUACGAGCUUUGUUGUCGUGGAUGAGUUGAUGAGAAUGAAGGGAAGUGACGCUUCGGGGAUGCAGAACAAUGAACCUCUGCCGUCAGAACAUGUGGACUUCUCCGACGAUGAAGAGGAAGCGAGGGUCAUUAGGGAGAAUCGACAGAGCAAGUACACAUCAGGCACAGGCGAGUACCAGUCACAAAAGAAACGCAUUCGUGGGCAAAAUGCUGCAAAAGACGGCAUGGAAGGUCAUGGGCCAAAGCCUGGUCAGGGUCGUGGAGAAGGCAGGAGCAAUGGGCGUGGUCCUAAUCCCUUCAGCGAUAUGAGAAUGCCCAUGAGACCCUCAAACCGCUUCUGCUACCCUCACCCGAUGCAGCCAAGGUUUGGUCCCCGAGGACCUCCCCAGUUCCCCAUGCGGCCUCCAGGACCAAUGCUAGGGCCCUCUGGCUUUGCAGGACCUCCUGACAUGGGAAUGGGCAUGCAUAACAAUAUGCAUGGGCCUCCAGGUAUGCCAGUGGAGCCUUUCUUGUAUGAUCCAAAUACCCACACUCAGAUGGACAUGAGUGCAGGGCCUGUGAUGGAGGCUGAGGGAUUCUCUGGUGGAUUACCUCCACCUCCUGCAGCAACUUCUUGGCCUCAGCCACCACAGUUCCAGUUUGGGGGACCACCACAAUUUGAUGGUCCCAGGGGAUCUGGCUGUUAUCCUCCUCCACCACCUCCUCCCCCAGGUGUGACUGGGCCCUCAGGAUACCACAUCCCUCCUGGUCACUUCCAAAACAUGGGUCCCCCAAGGCCAAUGAAACCUCCCCUUCAACACCCUCCAGCCUCAGGUGGCCCCACAAUGGAGAAUGGUGAUGGGAUGGCUGGCUGGGGCCCCCCUCCAGGAGCGCCACGCCAUCCCCCUCCCCCUCCCCACAUAGCCAGCCAGCUGCCUCCCCCCCAGAUGCCCUAUGACAACUCUCAGGUACCUCCCCCACCCAUGCAUCCUCCUCCCCCUCGCAAUGCCAAUCCUCCUUGGAAGAAGUUUUAACUUAUGUUGUUAAUUUUUUUUACUGAUUUUGUGAUAGGCUUCUAUAUUAAUGGAAAAUAUAUUGGCAACAGGAACCCUGAGUUCAAAAAAGAAAAGAAAAAUGUAUUGUGUAUAUUAUUGCUAUGUAUAUAAAGAUACCUACCUAUGGAUAUAGAUUUAUUUUUCAGUAUUUGCUUUGAAUCUGUGCCGCAUUUGCAGCGAUGAAAAAACCCAUAUACAGACAUCCUCAUUUUAGAUGUUGUGUUGCAUUGUAGUUUUCAGACAGAGCACAUUGUUCACUGCAUUGCAAUUUAUGAUCUCAAUUUUAAUUUAGUUACACAUAAGACUUUUACAGUAAUGGAUGACCAUACAUCUUAUAGAAUCAUACAUUUGUUCUGGCAUCAUAAUCAAUUUCUUGUUAUUAACUCAUUCUCAUAGGAAAUCUUAAAAUGAAUAUUUAAUAUUAUUCUACUUGUAAUUCCACCAAAUUUUAUUAAAAACAGUGUAAGUAAUCGACCAAUGGAAGAUGUGGAAAAUAUUGUUUUUAAAUAAGAAUUUAUUGUAGAUCAUUACAUUGUAUUGUCAUUGAAUGUAAAAUUGAUAAGAAACGAUCAAUCUCCAAUUUCCGUGUUUGUACUAUUUUUGUUAUAUAUGUUUAAAAUAAUAUGAGCUUCUGGUACUUAGCUCAGUGUAUCUUGUUGAUAUUUGUAAAUACUCUGUAUGAAUAAGGUGAAAUAAAAAGAAAAAGAAA